CGCUCAGCUGUUUGAACAUAAGCCCAUCAGAAAGUGCGUUCUCCUACCAAGAGAUUGAAAGUGAGGACCCGAAAUACAGAGCAGGGGUUUGUCCGCUGAAGAUGAAGCACCGCAAACGGAAGUCCUCCCACGAGCCGUUUGCGGAAUGCCAUGAAGCUUCUCGCAAAAGGAGGACACUGCUCAGCUCCCAUGGGUUUUUCGAUAAUAUCCCCAUUGACAUAUUCGCCCAGAUUUUCUCCUCGCUCUCGGUGCAAGACCUGUUCAGAUUGCGAGCUGUGAACAAACGCUUCCAGUACAUGGUGGAUCUGUACCUAUCUCAUACAACCUCGGUGUCUUUCUGCAACGGUGGCAAUCAAUGGGAUUUCGCCAAGGGAAACGUGCACGACAAGAAUGUCAUACGCAUUUUCUCAUUUUUCCCGAAAGUUGAGCAAAUCGACGGGCUCUACUUCGAGAACAUCAACUUUAGAAGAGUCACCAGAUCUCAAUCUCGCGCCGGGUACCUAUCGUACCGAGGGCUCCUGGUCGCCUUCAAGAGUUUGCAACAUCUCAAAAGAAUUUCAACCAAUGACAUCGCAUUAGCCUCGUGGAUGAUGUCAACUUUCCCCUCGGUAUUCGUGGAUCUCCGAUUCAGUGGACGAGUUAAAUUAUUGACGACCCCGAUCAAUAUCCCAAAAGACGUCGCGAGCAACAAAUUCUGGUUGGUCAAUCAGACGCUCCCGCCGUUCCCUCUGCGGGGCGAACAUAUAGAAAACGUAGUUUUCGAGAAUGUUUCGCUGAAAGGACGACGCUCGACUGUGGAGUAUUUCAGUAUAGAAUGUCCGAAACUCAGAGAAAUGGCUCUCCGGAGGAACUGUUUCGACACAAUAAGCAGCACUUUCACCUCCAGGAUACUAUACUCAUUAGCAAGGUGCCAAUACCUGGAAGUUCUAGAACUCGCGAAUGUAGACUGCACACCAAAUGAUCUCGAGCUGGCGAUUCUGGAAGAAACACGUGAAGGCCAUGAACCAUUCCGACACCUCAAGAAGCUAAUCCUAAGCGAGUGUGAGAUUUUCUCCAUGGGAGAUAUCGCCCGGUUGAUUUUCGCCUGUCAGGAUUCACUCACAGAGUUCCGGAUGGAUCCUACGUUCUGCACAUCUGCAUUGUUAAGGGUGCUGAAUGCGAGCGGAGUGAAAUUCGAGAAAAUGGAUUCCCUACAUAUCGGCUACUGCGGACACGACAGUCUCCCAUGGGAUAUGCCGUACGACGCAUUCUGCAGGAUCGAUGACGACGACAUAGGCCGAUUGAACCAAAUGUGUCCGAACCUCCGUGAGCUGAGCUUGAGAGGAUGUCCGUUCCUUCAAGACGCAAGGCGGUGGAAGGGCAAAUGGGAGCGCCUGAAGAACCUUCAGGUGGCAUAUUGCGGUUCGUUGGGGCUCGACACCGUUAUUGAAUUCGCUAACAAAGAGUGUACCAAUCUCGAUCAUAUAUCAUUGCAUUGCAUAACUGUCACGGGAAAAACCGAGAUGUCUGCGUCAGUAAAUCACGCUAUCGCAGACAAGAACGCCGUUCCUCUGCUCUCUAGUCCGCGGAAUGCUCUCUGUUCGCCUCCGUUAGCGAACUCUCAAGGGAGCGGGAGCAAAAACACUUCGGCCGGAAAUUCAUCCAUGAAGUCCGAUGAGGUGUCCCGGAUCGACCUCGAAGGAAAAUAUCUCAAUUCGGUCUCCAUUGUGAAAUGUGCAUUCACGCACUUGAGUGUGAACAAUGCUCUAGCGUCUAGGAAGGAGCCGCUUCUCGUUCGAGUGGGACAUUGUCCAGAGUUCCGCUCUAUAGAAGUGCCGAGUCGGGAAUCGCCUCCAUUGGAAAUGACUCUGGUGGAGUGUCCUGAAUUCAGCGAAGGAAUCGCGUCGCUACCCGGAGGUAGCAUUGUGUUAACAACGCCAUCUCCUAAACUCGAAGACUUCCAGUGGCCUGAGAAGUACAUCGUGGACGCAUCGAGCUCCGCGGACCUUUGGACGACUUUGGACAACAUCCGCAGGAAAGUCCGAGACCCUUCAUGGAUCAGGACUCGAGGCGAGCAUCAGAAAUCAGUCGCUGUCGUCGUGGCAUCGGCGAAAGACAUCAUCUAG